CAAUGUGAUCUGCCAAUCAACUACUUUAAUGAGUAUAUCUACAUGUUCAUCUGGGUGUGGUUUCUCUUUGUUGCCAUAGUAACCUGUCUCAGUCUCCUCCUAUGGUUAUGUAAGACUAUGGUGCCAAUGUUCCGUAAACGAUACAUUACAAACGCAAUGGGCCUAGCGGAUGACCUUGACAUUAGAACCAUGCAGCACCAUGACCUUGGUAAAUUCUGUAACCUUAUUGGAGAGGACGGGGUCAUGGCACUCAAGUUAGCUGGGGCCAACUCAUCAGAACUUCUCGUCAGCGACGUUGUCUACAACAUGUGGAAUUUACGCACUAAAGACUCGCGCCCACAGCAAGCUGGACAAAUACCGUCUGUGCCAGAGGUACAGGUCCAACCAGCUACUACAACAGAGCCAGGGAAUGCAGCUCACUCUAAGAGUUGA